GUUAUCACUUUCAAACUUUCUUUCUCCUUCACACUCACCACUGAAAUCUCACGCAGGCGCAGCUGCCCAACCUUCACGUCCCCAAAAACCAAAGAAUCCACUUCUCUAUCUCUUUCAAUAUUAUCCUUUCGCGUCCUAGACGUUACAGUAAACCCUAAUCGUCCUCUCUGUUUCUUUCUGAGCUAACACUUCGACGUUCUAGUUACAGAGAAGAUGUCGACCUUAGAAAUUGAAGCUCGAGAUGUCAUCAAGAUUGUGCUUCAAUUUUGCAAAGAGAAUUCCUUGCACCAAACCUUUCAAACAUUACAGAGUGAGUGCCAGGUUUCUUUGAACACUGUCGACAGCGUUGAGACAUUUAUUGCUGAUAUAAAUAGUGGAAGGUGGGAUGCAAUUUUGCCUCAAGUGGCCCAACUUAAGCUUCCCAGGAAUAAGUUGGAGGAUUUGUACGAGCAGAUUGUACUGGAGAUGAUUGAACUUCGAGAAUUAGAUACUGCUCGUGCUAUCUUAAGACAAACUCAGGUAAUGGGUGUAAUGAAGCAAGAACAACCUGAAAGAUACUUGCGACUUGAGCAUCUCCUUGUCAGAACUUAUUUUGAUCCAAAUGAGGCUUAUCAAGAGUCAACAAAAGAGAAGCGGCGUGCACAAAUUGCUCAAGCACUUGCUGCAGAAGUUACUGUGGUGCCACCUUCUAGAUUAAUGGCUCUAAUUGGUCAGGCUCUAAAGUGGCAGCAGCAUCAAGGAUUGCUUCCUCCGGGAACACAGUUUGACUUAUUUCGGGGAACAGCUGCUAUGAAACAGGAUGUAGACGACUUGUAUCCAACAACUCUUUCACACACAAUAAAGUUUGGGACAAAAAGUCAUGCAGAAUAUGCUCGGUUCUCACCAGAUGGCCAGUUUCUUAUCUCUUGCUCUAUGGAUGGGUUUAUCGAGGUAUGGGAUUACAUAAGUGGGAAACUCAAAAAGGAUCUUCAGUACCAGGCUGAUGAAACUUUCAUGAUGCAUGAAGAGGCUGUCCUCUGUGUUGAUUUUACCCGAGAUUCAGAGAUGAUUGCUUCUGGAUCACAAGAUGGAAAGAUCAAAGUUUGGCGUAUCAGGACUGGUCAGUGCUUGCGCCGUCUUGAACGUGCACAUUCACGGGGUGUCACCAGCGUUUCUUUCUCUCGGGAUGGAAGCCAGAUACUUAGUACAUCAUUUGACAACACUGCAAGAAUCCAUGGCCUAAAAUCCGGGAAGUUGUUGAAAGAAUUUCGUGGCCAUUCUUAUUAUGUAAAUGAUGCAAUAUUUACAAGUGAUGGAACUCGUGUAAUUACUGCAUCUAGUGAUGGCACAGUCAAGGUCUGGGAUUUGAAGACUACUGACUGUCUACAGACAUUUAAACCACCUCCUCCUUUAAAGGGAACUGAUGCUGCUGUGAAUUCAGUUCAUCUUUACCCAAAAAAUACGGAUCACAUCAUUGUGUGCAAUAGGACAUCAUCAAUAUAUGUCAUGACACUUCAAGGACAGGUUGUGAAGAGCUUUUCAUCUGGUAAAAAAGAAGGUGGAGAUUUUUUGGCAGCUUGUGUGUCACCAAAAGGGGAAUGGAUUUACUGUGUUGGUGAAGACAGGAAUCUAUAUUGUUUCAGUAACCAGUCUGGCAAAUUAGAGCAUCUAAUGAAGGUCCAUGAAAAGACAGUAAUUGGCUUAACUCAUCAUCCUCACAGGAAUCUUCUAGCCACAUAUAGUGAAGACUGCACAAUGAAGUUAUGGAAGCCUUGAAUCUGCGUUGCCUUGUGUGCUCUGUGUGAAUUUAUUUCUGGGUGAAAUUGGAAUCUUGACAUGCUUUUUUUUUAUUUUUUUUAUUUUUAUAUUUUUGUGUGGUUUAUGAAACACAGAAUGUGGGUGGAUUUGGAAAGGAUUCUCUCUCUCUCUCUCUCUCUCUCUCUGAGGCAAUAUAACCAAAAAACACUUCUAGGUCAAGAUUUUGCAUAACAUAGCUUUUCUUUUCUUUUCUUUUC